AUCUUGGUUUCUAAGUUUGGAUCUGCCCUUCAACGCCUUAUUUGUUAAGUUUUAACUUGCAUUCAUUACUGCUACAUUUCAAUCAUCUCCGGUUUAUCUCUCAGAAAGAUAUUUGAAAAACCCAAGUGCACAAUUACGUGAAGCUUUGCCUUUUGCCAACCGGGCACACCCAUUUAAAUUUGUACAGUACUAUUUCAGUAAGAAAUGUAUGAUAACCUUGGAGCACAGCCUGGAGGAUCGUCUGCUAAUACACAAGCGAACCCUUUUGGAAAUGCAUUCUCUGGUGCUAGCUCUGGGUUCAUUAGAGGUGGAUUAGGGGCUUAUGGAGAAAAAAUUCUUGGAUCAAGUUCUCAUUAUGUUCAAAGCAAUAUAAGUAGAUAUUUUUCUGAUCCCCAGUACUACUUCCAAGUGAAUGACCAGUACGUGAGAAACAAACUGAAAGUUAUCCUUUUCCCUUUCCUGCACAGAGGUCAUUGGACAAGAAUCACAGAGCCUGUUGGUGGCAGGCUAUCCUAUAAGCCCCCUAUCUAUGACAUAAAUGCUCCAGAUUUAUACAUUCCAUUUAUGGCCUUUGGUACUUAUGUUGUUCUUGCUGGCUUAUCAUUGGGUCUGCAGGGGAGGUUUAGUCCAGAAGCUCUGAGUUGGCUGUUUAUCAAGGGAUUGGUUGGCUGGUUUUUACAAGUUUCAUUACUGAAGAUGACAUUGUUGUCAUUGGGUAGUGGAGAGGCUCCACUCCUUGACAUUGUUUCAUACGCAGGAUAUGCUUUUGCAGGAUUGUCCAUAGCUCUUUUGGGAACAAUUAUAUCAAACUAUUCUUACUACUUUUUGAUGCCGUGGACAUGCUUGUGCAUGGGAAUAUUCUUGGUGAAGACGAUGAAGAGAGUUCUCUUUGCAGAGGUGAGGACGUACGAUUCAAGUAGCCAUCACUAUCUCCUAUUGUUUAUUGCCCUAGCUCAAUUUCCUCUUCUCUUUUGGCUUGGGAAGAUUAGCCUUAGUUGGUUCUUUUGAAUUACAUCUCCAGUUGUUAAGGUGGUGUGGCAGUUUAUGCUUUUAGAGAAGUAAAGCAAUCAAUUAUUUUGUAAUCCUCGUCACUUUGAUGUUCUAUUCUUGAAUGCUAGAGAGACAUGUAAAUGAACUGAUUAUCCACAAUGUGUACGAUAAGGCUUGUAAUGCUUAGAAGUUUCCCACUGGUAAACAGAAAGUACAGGAGAAGGAUUGAAUGAUGAUUCUUUUGGUAGCAUUUUGGUCGUAUGAAACUCGAUUUCUGCUA